AUGGCAAGACCUUAUCAAAUAGCGAUUGAGAGAGAUUAUAACAUAAUUGACGGCAAGACUGUCAUGAAAGUCGCUGCAUGGUUAUUCAUCCUCUGUAUGAUCCAGAUGUCCUGUAGAUUGAUCUCUAAUUUGUGUAAGCCAGAAGAAGAAGAAGAUAGUUUCCGAUUUGAAAUGUCGACAGCUACUACUAGAUCAUCAUCAUCAUCAUCAUCAUCUACAUUGAACAGGGACUACUCUAGUAGAUGGAAGAGACCAGAGAUACAGAUUCCGGCGAAGAAGACGUAUAAGCCGGAGAUGGAGAUUCAGGGGACGGAAUGUACGGUUUGCCUUGGAGAGUUUAUGGCGGGAGAAGAAGUUAGGGUUUUGCCGAAAUGUAAACAUGGAUUUCACUUGAAAUGUAUCGAUAAGUGGAUAGUCAAAAGCUCUACUUGUCCCACUUGCAGGACCACACUUUGA